UUAAGCACCAGCAUCUUCGGCUCAACCAUUUCGUACUGACCUCUGCCUCUCUCUCUCUCUCCCCCCCUCUCCCCCCUCUCUCUCUCUAUCUGCUCUAAAAUUCGUGCCCAUUUUGGAAAAUUUUCACUAGAUCUUAGUUUACACUAAUCUUUGAAUUUUUUCCCCUGAUUCCGUCCGACCCAUUAAGCAGAACUAUCAUCUGAAGUGAUUCUGUUCAUUUCUGCUUGCUAAAGUUGAGAUUUUGGCGUCUGGGUUCAGAGAUUAUAGCUGAAAUUGGUCUCCAUGUUUAAUUUUUGGUGUUGUUUUUCAAGAGGUUAAUGCUGUAAAUGAUUUAUUUGAAUCUGGGUGUCAAAGAAUUAUGAGGAAAAAUGGGGGAAACCACUCAGGGAGACCAUUUAGUGACAAAAGAUGGCUCCUCCCCUUCUUUGCUAGCUUAAUGGUAUCUCUAACCCUCUUCUUAGCCACAGUUUUUGGGCUUUUCUCACCUCAGUCCAAUGGAGAUUCAUUGUCGUUGGAUAUAAUUUCAUUCACUGGUUUGGAUGAUUCUGAUGGGUAUGCAUUGGAUUCAAACCCUAUGAAGUCUUUGGAUGAGAAUCCAGUUUUGGAAUCGGAGCCGCCGAGGAUAGCUUAUCUUAUCACCGGAACAAAGGGGGACAGCUUGAGAAUGAGAAGAACAUUGCAGGCUAUAUACCAUCCGAGAAAUCAGUAUAUUUUGCAUUUAGAUUUGGAAGCACCGCCGAGAGAGAGGAUUGAUUUGGCUAUGUAUGUUAGGAGUGAUCCGGUGUUUAGCGAGAUGGAGAAUGUGAGGGUGAUUGCAAAGGCGAAUUUGGUUACGUACAAGGGGCCGACUAUGAUUGCUUGUACUCUUCAUGCUAUUGCAAUUUUGUUGAAGGAGAGUGCAAAGUGGGAUUGGUUUAUAAAUCUGAGCGCUUCGGAUUAUCCUCUUAUGACACAAGAUGAUAUACUUCAUGUUUUCUCUUCACUACCUAGGGAUCUUAAUUUCAUCGAACACACUCAGAGUACUGGGUGGAAAGUAAACCAGAGGGCAAAGCCGAUAAUUGUUGAUCCUGGUCUUUAUUUGUCAAAAAAGUUUGAUCUUUCCAUAACUGGUGAACGUCGGGAACUACCAACAUCAUUCAANNAUUUCACAGGUUCAGCAUGGGUUAUGCUCACUCGUCCCUUCCUUGAAUACUGCAUAUGGGGAUGGGAGAACCUCCCUCGAACAAUUCUCAUGUACUACGUCAACUUCGUCUCCUCCCCCGAGGGGUACUUCCACACCGUCAUCUGCAAUACCAACGACUUCAAAACCACUGCCAUCAGCCAUGACCUCCACUACAUUGCCUGGGACACUCCCCCAAAACAACACCCCCGAACCCUCUCUAUGAAAGAUUUCGACAAGAUGGUCAAGAGCGGCGCUCCGUUCGCAAGAAAAUUCCCAAAAGAUGAUCCCGUGUUGGAUAAAAUUGAUCGAGAACUUUUGAAUCGGUCGGAGAGCAGGUUUACGCCUGGAGCAUGGUGCAUCGGGACGGAAGAGAAAGAAGAUCCUUGUUUGGUGAGAGGGGAGGAUUCUGUGUUCAGAGCGGGGAAAGGCGCUGAGAGGUUGGGGGAGUUGAUGAAGAAACUGAUGUCUGAGGAGUUUAGGAAUGGGAGUUGCUCUGCUAUGAGGUUUGAUCAGAGCAAGAGAGUGUGGGUUUGAUAUGUACACAAAUGUAAAUGAGAGUUUGUCUAGGUUUAGCUCAAUAGUAGAGGGGUACAGACGUUGUAAGGCUCUUUGUAAGUUUGUAUUAUACUUCUCAUGAUGGAAAUUAAGUCACAAGUUUUCAGAGUUCA